ACACUCCUCCGCUGUCUGCCUUUCACACUGUAAACAUCAGUCGCUUUCCCCCGCAGCUUCCGCUUCACAAUAAUCCUCCUCGGGUCUUUAUUCUCUCCUGCCUCCUCUUCCUCUCCUGGCUGCGGGCGCAUGCUCACACUCAGAGACGGUGCAGUUUUCCGGAGCUCAGAGACACUGACUGUUUUUAAAGAUGACCACCUCGUGGAGUGACAGACUGCAGAAUUAUGCAGACUUGCCCGCCAACAUGGACAGGCUGUCGAUGAAGAAGUACAGGAGAGAGCCCUACCACAGGGUGUUUGUCAACAGAAGUUUGGCCAUGGAGAAGAUUAAGUGCUUUGGCUUUGACAUGGAUUACACUUUAGCAGUGUACAAGUCACCUGAGUACGAGUCCCUCGGCUUUGAGCUCACAGUGGAGCGCAUGGUCUCCAUCGGCUACCCCCAGGAGCUGCUCAGUUUUGUGUAUGACCCAUCCUUUCCCACCAGGGGCCUUGUGUUUGAUACCAUGUAUGGAAACCUGUUGAAGGUAGAUGCCUAUGGUAAUAUCCUGGUCUGUGUCCACGGAUUCAACUUCCUCCGAGGGCCAGAUAUACGUGAACGGUACCCAAACAAGUUCAUCCAGAGAGAUGAUACAGAGCGCUUUUAUAUCCUUAACACACUCUUCAACCUGCCAGAGACCUACCUCUUUGCUUGCCUUGUGGACUUUUUCUCCAACUGUGACAGAUACACAAGCUGUGAAACCGGCUUCAAAGAUGGAGACCUCUUCAUGUCCUACAAGAGCAUGUUCCAGGACGUCCGCGACUCAGUUGACUGGAUCCACUUCAAGGGUACACUGAAGGAGAAGACAGUUGAGAACCUGGAGAAGUAUGUAGUGAGGGAUGGGAAGCUGCCUCUCCUCCUCAGCAGAAUGAAUGAGGUAGCCAAGGUUUUCUUGGCUACCAACAGUGACUUCAAAUACACUGAUAAAAUCAUGACCUACCUGUUUGACUUUCCUCAUGGCCCCAAGCCUGGUUCCACCCACCGACCGUGGAAGUCCUACUUUGAUCUGAUCCUGGUGGACGCCAGGAAGCCGCUGUUCUUUGGCGAGGGGACGGUGCUCAGACAAGUCGACACGACAACAGGGCGUCUGAAGAUAGGAACCUACACAGGACCUCUGCAGCAUGGGAUAGUCUACUCUGGAGGUUCGUCAGACAUCGUGUGCGACCUCCUUGGAGCCAAGGGGAAGGACAUCGUGUACAUCGGGGACCACAUCUUCGGAGACAUCCUGAAGUCCAAGAAGCGUCAAGGCUGGAGGACGUUCCUGGUCAUACCUGAGCUGGCCCAGGAACUGCACGUGUGGACCGACAAGAGCUCGUUAUUUGAAGAACUACAAGGCCUGGAAAUUUUCUUGGCUGAACUCUACAAACAUCUGGACAGCAGCAGCAACGAGAGGCCAGACAUCAGCACUCUUCAGGGAAGAGUCAAGAAAGUGACACACGACAUGGACAUGUGCUACGGCAUGAUGGGUAGCCUUUUCCGCAGUGGCUCCAGACAGACCCUGUUUGCCUCCCAAGUGAUGCGCUACGCCGACCUGUACGCCGCCUCCUUCAUCAAUCUGCUGUACUACCCCUUCAGCUACCUCUUCCGGGCCGCACAUGUACUGAUGCCCCAUGAGUCGACGGUGGAACACACCCACGUGGACAUGGACAUGGAGUCGCCGCUGGCCACGCGCAACCGCACCCACUGCAACGACUGCAAGGACAUGGAGUGCAAACGCAACCAGCUGACCCGCUCCUUCAGCGAGAUCAAACCUCCCAACCUCUUCCCCCAGACCCCCCAAGAGAUCACUCACUGCCACGAUGAAGAUGACGACGAAGAGGAGGAAGAGGAGGAAGAGGAGGAAGAGGAGGAAGAGGAAGAGUAAUAAGGUGGACAUGGAGAGGAGAGCCAUAAUCCUGCUCCUGCCUUCCAAUGUUUCCCAGUAGAGUCAGUUGAUCUCUCAGAGUGAGGCAGAGAGGAAACAUUUCCAGUAUGUAUGUGUGUGUCUACUGUAUCAGUACUGUAUGCUCACACACAGACACAAACACACACACAGACAAACGCACACACACAUACUCUGAGAUUUGUGAGGAAAGUAUAAAGGACCAGUAGCGAGACAGAUUGUAUGAAGAACUGUAUUCAUUCUAGGUCCUCAUAAUGCAACUUCAUUAUAAGAAAAGUAUAUUUGUUUUUGAUUUAAUCUCUGUAUCCUUUCCCCUACACACACACACACACACACACACACACACACGUAAAUAUCACAUAUUGUUUAUCAUUCUGUUUUAUAAGUUGACUUUUAAGACCUGCUGGUGGAGUAAACAGACGUUCACUUAAAUCCACCAGACACGGUCAAUAAACUGUAGUUUUCAUUGCAGCACACUAGCCUUGCAGAAUGCACAUUGUAAUCAAACAGAAAAAUAUUUUUUAUGCAACUUGGGAACAACAUUCAGUUUGUUAUGUUUUGCUUCAUUUUGUCGAUUUUCUUCAUGAUAGAGGAGUGAUUUCUUCUAACUUGUGUGUGUGUGUGUCUGUGUGUGUGUGUGUGUGUGUGUGUAUCUGCCAAAGUAGACUCACUCAGAAUGUAGCACCCUGAGUGACUGAGUGUAUCCACCUGAAGCACAGGCCAGCGUGAAGACACGUGUGGUACGCAAGUGGCUGUCCAACUGAUAUUCUGUCACCUAGCAACCAUGAGAACAGAGUACUGUAACUGUAUCUAAUGCCGACAGUCUCUAUGACAACUUUGAGCUACAGCGGUGUGUCUGUAAAUAGCAUCGGGCGGGAGGGGAGGGGGGGGGGGGGGGGUCUUUCCUUCAGCUCAGUUAUUUAGGAGGCUGAAACUCGAUUGUUAUAUUUGAAUAUUUGAGAAGGUUUUAUUUUAGUAGCCGGAUGUAAAAUAUGAGAAGAGUUUGACGAGUUGAAGCAACUUGACAGACGUGUGAGGUGAAGCUGUGAUGACAGGAGCGUGAACGUGGCCUGUGAGAGACAGAGAGGAGGGUUAUUCUGGGAUGUACAGUGCAGAGCUCCGUUCAGUACGUGCAACUCACUUCUCACUGUGAUCAGAUUUCUCUAUGUCCUGAGGCUCCGUUGAGCUUUUGAUCUAACUUGCAUUUUCUUUUUAACUUUACAACAGUUGACAAGCUUAGAACUUUAAGCCCUUGAAAACUUUUAACUCUUUAAAACGAAUUUUUGUGAAUUACCAAGGGGCCAUAUUGAAUUCGAAAAAAUACGAUUUUCAAGAAUAAAGUUGUAAUAUGAGAAAAAACAAUGAGAAGAAAAAAGUCAUAUGAGAAUAUAGCUGUAAUUUAUUGAGAAAAAGUCAUAGUAAUAUAUUAGUAGGGUAUAAAUAAUUAUAACCAUGCUGGCCCUGGGUCUGCUACUUCUGGAUCCAAAAUCUAGAUCAACAAUUAUUUAUGUACGAUUCACGACACCCCUUCAAAAACCUUGCUGAUGAAACGAUAAUUGUCCAGUCGACCAUUACCAGCGAUGUUCUCCACUAAAGAGACAAUUUCCUCCAAGUCUAUUGUGAUUCUUUCUUCAGGAUAGAUUGAGAUCUUGUCAAACUCCUGAUACUUGUGAUAAAAUGGUGCAGAUGAGUCAAAGUAUUUUGUUAUUUGAUGCUUCAUUUAACAAGGUAUUCCACGGUCCUCAUUUGAACACAGGCGAGAGGCUGAUCUUCUUACAUUCCCCCUCUAACAUGACACAAUCUGACAUUCGAUUUUUUCUCAUAUUAUUACUCUUUUCUAAAUUCUUCAAAAGCCCCAAAUACUAUGUUGUAAGGAAUGAAUAAGCAAUAUCAAAAUGUAUGAAAAGGGUUAGGUAGUCGUUAUUAAUAGUUUAUCUGUCAACAACAGUUUACCUGCUUCAUCACGACCGUGUGGUUUGAUUUGAGUGACAGUGUUUUUAUGUACAUUUUCAGUCUGCAUAAAAAGGAAAGCCUCCAGUGGAAGAACUGUUUUCUCCACUGACCUGAGGAGGCAGAGGUGAUGACUCACAGCUGAUGGAGUGGGAUGCAAAUAGACGUAGGGAUUAAAGUAGAAUGAACAAGCAAGGGACUCUGAGGAAGAUGUAAAAAAACAAACAGUGGAUAAAAUCAUCUGUGUGGAGCAUUAGGAGACUUUAACGUUUAUCAGAUUUAUACCUGACAAAAGCACAAAUUUUACUUUUCAAUCACAUUUUCCACUAAGUUUUGAUUUGUGUCAUGUUUGACCUCGGCUCUUCUAAAUGCUGCUGGAGAGGUUUAACCUUGUCACGACGCCCUGGAGACUAUUCUCUAGCUCAGAAAGGAGUGAACAGUGGUGGAUGCAAGCCUACAAGAAUUCACAUAGUUGAAAUUUGACCUAAAUUGCGAUGGAAACUUGGCAAGUGACCAAACAGCUGUCACCACAUUUGGAUUGAAAUCGUUGCCGAGUCCUGAUUGGUGCCAGGAAGUAUGUGUAAUCUCCUCUAACCCAACCCCUGCCUACUUCAACCUGGUGGGAAAAACGUCUCAUGUCCUAGUAUUCAAAUGCAUCAGUGUUGGUUUUCAAAACGCUAAACGAGAACUACGUGAAUAUCAAACCUGGUGACUUGUUUGUUUUCUUUCCGUCUCUUUUUUAACAUGCAGUGUUCCCUGAAUGUUAAUGUUCCUCAUCUUUUUAUAUUCAGUGCUGACGUGCAUCAGUCCUGUAAAUGUCAGCUCGUUGAUUUAGGCCACCAAAGGGAAGAAAUGUGUCGCUACGGUAACACAAACACCCCUUUUUCCUCUUUUGUCCCUUCUUUUUUCUACACAACUGAAAUACUGUGUUUGUAUUCUCGGGCGUGAAUUCUGUUUCUUGAAUGACUGGAUGUGCUACACGAGGCAGCUGCAUUGCUUAUGAGAAUGACUUUUUUCUUUGUAUAAUUUGCAUAUGCAUGUGAAAAUAAUAAGCGUAUCUGUUCUGCCACGGUAGCAUUUUUGUUUUCUUUCUCAUGGACGGCAUCAUUUUAAGGACAAGCUUCUUUUUUGGACAUUGUAGUUUACACAGGGUGAAGAAACAUCAUCUAAAUCUGUAGAAACAAAACUUGCAAUGAAGGGAAAUGUGAAUAGCAUGUUAAGUACCGUAACUUGUAAUCAACACCAUGGGCUUAUUUUUAUUUUAUUUUUCUAAGCUAGUGUUUUUUUUAAUGGUCUUGGUUUACACAUCUGUAAUUGGAUCGUUCCAUUUCCUUUUCCUCUUUGUUUUUCAAACUGUUUUCUGUUUUUAUAUACUGUACCACAGUGGUCGACCUAAAGCCUGGUGAACAGCUCCACUGUUGUAGAAGACUUUUAACCUUUGUUGUGAUGCAUCCACACUAACAUCCGGUGCCAAAACAGUCACCUGUCUCUCUGUAAACCACGGGGAUCUUCGGUUUUUAUGCAUAUCAAUAUGUUCUCCUGAACAGUGUUUCGUUUGUUUGUUUCCAGAAACUAGCCUACAAACUGUACAUUGAGAAAAAUACAUAAAAAAUGUAGAAUAAAAAUAGUUUUUCAUAA